CUUUAAACCCUCAGGAGCUGAGCUGUGGUCACCAACUGCGGUCACUUGGAGCUGUUUUUGUUCCAUCAGGGCUUCAGAUCUCAAGCUGUUGAGGACAACCGGCAACUGGUCCAUGUUGUGGUGCUGUAGGUGUCUUUAAGGAUUUGUUGCAGUUGGGAAUUCAUGGAAUGUCGUGGACUACCCUGGGUGGGUCCUGUUCCCGUUUUCCUGUUUACAAGUGGCCGUAGACAACCUCUACUUCCUGGACAGGAUAAUUUUGUACACUUUUUAGUUUUUCUUUUUUAUUUGGUCGAUGGUUGAUUGGUGGACGAUUUCCAUGUACAUCCCGUGCACGCUCACACACGCAGUCCAAUACUGAGCAGUGAUCCAGGGAUUGACUCCUCCAUCACCUGAAAACAUGCUGCAGCUGUCAGGAUGAUGGCCUCUGUUGUCGUCGGGGGCGACCGCGGCAGGUCGCUGACACUGAGAGGAGUGGACCCGGAGACCUGCAUGAUUGUGUUUAAGAACCACUGGGCGCAGGUUGUGAAGAUUCUGGAGAAGCAUGAGCCGGGUCGAGGCAGUGCCAGUGCGCUGAGUUUCCUCUCUGGUCACGUGGGCAGCGGCAGCUCACGGCUCGGGUCCAUUCCGCCUGACGAGGCCAGUGCUGUUCAGAACUAUGUGGAACAUAUGCUCUUCCUGCUGAUGGAGGAGGAGGCGGGCCAAGGAGGAGCGAUGGGGCCCAUUUUGGAGUUUGUGGUUCUGGAGGGCGUGAUGGAGCGCCUGUUCCUGUGGAGCUUGAGGAGACAGUUCACAGAAGACAUGAAACUGGAGCAGCUCAGGAUGUACCAGAUGCUCCUCACCCAGGCCCGCCAGCCUCUUCUGCACCACAAGCCCAUUCUAAAGCCGCUCAUGACGCUAUUGGCGUCCUGCGCCGGUACCGGAGCAGAUGGUGACGGCCGCGUGGAGGCGGAGCUUGUCCUUCUGCUGAACCAGCUGUGCGUGGCUCUGGUCAAAGACCCCUCGGUGCUGGAACUGUUCUUCCACACCAGCGAGGACCAGGGCGCUGCCAACUUCCUGCUCUUCUCCCUGCUUAUCCCAUACACGCACAGGCAAGGUCCAGUGGGUCAGCAGGCCCGCGAAGCUCUGCUGCUCAUAAUGUCUCUUUCGGCCUCUGAGUCUCGGGUCGCUCAGCACAUUUGCCAGAACACGUACUUCUGCCCUGUUCUGGCCACGGGUCUUUCUGGUCUCUACUCCUCCCUCCCAGCCAGGUUGCAAGUUUACAGUGAAGAGUGGAACUGUCUGGAUCCGGCCGACUGGCAACAGGUUCCUGCUCUUGUCCACUUUCUGCACUCACUGGGCUUCUGCAGCGCCGUCACUAGUGUGGCUCAUCCUUCCAUUCGCUCCCAGCUGCUGAGUUACAUCGACAAUGGUUUCCUGGUCCCUGUGCUGGCUCCUGCUCUACACAAGCUGACAGUGGAGGAGGUCAUGACCACCACAGCCUACCUGGACCUGUUCCUGCGCACCAUCUCGGAACCCUCCCUCCUUCAAACCUUCCUAUCCUUCAUCCUGCUGCACACACACGAUAACGUGCAUAUCCUGGACACCCUGGUCAGCAGAGUCAACACACCCUUCCAGCUGGGCACGGUGUCGCUGGCCUUCUUCAGGACUCUGAUUGGGCUCUUCUGUGAGGACGUGAUGCUGCAGCUGGUUUUCAGGUUCUUGAUUCCCUGCGGCUACCUGAGCAAGAAACAGCGCUUCUCCUUAAAACACAAGGACUGGUGCGCCUCCAGCGCUUCAUCGUUCUUGCUCCUGCUCCCCUCCUGGUGUCCUGUCGGCCUACCAAACACGCACGGAGCCAGCGAGCACAUCCACUGGUCCAAAGGAGCAGAUGUGUUUGCGGGCGACAGCGUCGGCUACUGGCGAGGCUCAGACUUCCUGAUGGAUGUCAACUACCUCCACUACCUCUCAGACGCCCGACAGGCCAUCUCUGCUUCGUACAGGGCAUGUCGACACUGGUCGGCGCCUUACGAUGGCGAUGACCCAGAAGAAGACCAAUCUGGGAUGUCAGCGGAAGUCGAUGAGGACGAUAUGGUACGGCGACUCACAAGCGACUCGAUGAGUGUAACUCCUCCUCCCUCAGGUGCCUCCCCAAGCCCCUUCUCUGCGGAUGGCGUCUCCACGACUAAUCCAGGAAGGGGACCCGGCUCGGCUUUGGAGCUAGAGUGGGACGACAUCUUUGCAGAUGAUGAUGCUUCCUAUUCGGCAGCACUCACAAAUGCCGGCGAAACCAUGGAGUUUGGAGGCUCCGCCCCUUCACGCACACCGCCUCCUCGACACAUCCAGGACAUGCGCCGCAGUGCCGCUAAGCUGGUGCAUGGCGCAUAUGUGGAGGAGAGUGAAUUUGAGGAUGACGUUCUGGUCUAUGACCUUGUUGCCCAGAAAGACGCCAAGGCGGCCAUCUUGGAAAGAAUUAUGGAGGCAAAUCGGCGAGCACGUGGAGGCCUGUCCCCCACAGCAACAGGAAGGACUGUCCAUGAAACGGUCAACGAUAUCAUGUCAUCACGCAGGACCAGUGAGGAUGGAGGAAAGGAGGAAAGAAGGGGUGAGGAUUACGCAAAGGAAGCAAGGAGUAGAAGCGAGGACUUUGAGAAGGAAAUGGCGCGGAGGAAGGAGGAAGGAGAGGCGUGGCUGACUCUCACCAAUGGCGGUCACAGCACGGAACAAAGUGAUGAUGAUGACCGUCCCAAUGACAUCACAACUUCUAUCAAUCACACACAGCCUUCACUCAAUGGCAGUUUUGAGUCACAUGACGCAAUAUUGACAAACACAAACUCAACACGUGAGCUGCCAUAUCUGCCCGACAACAAUGACGACUUCCUGUCCCAGUACCAUCAGCUAAUGCGCUCUUUAGGGGCGGAGCCAGAGCAUGACGACAUCUCUGUCUUCAAAAGCCGUGUCCAACAGUUGACACAAAGACUGGAAGAGGAGGAAGAGGAGCUGUGUCGGGACUUUGGUUUGAGAUCCCAAGAGGAAAGAGAGGAGGAGACGGAGACGAUGGAUGACGACGACGAGGAGAAGUGGGGGAGGGACAGAGAUGUUCCAUUUACAGGUCCAUUCAUCAGUGUCUUGCUGUCCCGAUUGGAGAACCUCCUGGAGAACUCCAUCGCAGUCAACUUGCUGGUGACGGGCAUCCUGGCUCAACUGGCAUCGUACCCACAACCACUGCUGAGAACUUUUUUGCUUGCCACGCAAACACACCAGCAGGCUGGCGUGCGUACACUGUACCAGGUGCUGGUGUCCCUUCAAGGCCAAAUCGAGCGCUACAUCCAAGGGCGACCAGAGUACCCCUCUUUGGUGACGCAGGCAUGGAGGUUCUUGUUGGCUAAAGACCAAGACAGCAAAAUCCAAGACAGCCUCCAGUUCGAGGGAGGCGACAUUCUGGAGCGCCCUCUUCCCAACGGCUCCGUGAGAACCUCUUUUGCAAUGCCCCCCCUCGCGCUCCUGCCACCCUGUCCCACCAUCCCGCCUCAAGAGAAGAGCCGAGUGUUUGCCAUUGUCCUGUAUGCGGAAUUCCUCAAGGAGCUGGCCGCCAUCGCCCUGGAGCACAGCAUCGCUCCUGACUGGACUGACGAGGAGUAGGUGGACUUCAUCUGAAACAACAAAAGAAACCUUUAUUUAUUUAUUUAAACAUCCUGAAGCACUUGAAUUGAUUUAUGCCCAAUUCUUUUACGUAACCUUUUCAGUACAUUUUGCCUACUGUAGUAGAAUGCUUAAACUUCUUCAUGAAACUUAUAUAUUUUCUUCUAAUACUGGAUGUUGCGUUGCCAUGGUGACAUGACUGGCUGGACAACUGAGUACUGCCGCCUGCUGGUGACACUUCUUUUCAAUGAAUAUGAAGAAAAUUAUUUUUAAAUCAACAAAGAUAUUUAAAUCAAUCUACAUAAUACAACUUCUGUAUUUUUUGGUCUAAUGAUAACAGUUCCUGUUAGUUGUGUUUCUUCAUUUUUCACCUCAGCAAGACACGUUGGCCAAUUUUUUUGUUUCCAACUUGGUGGGAACACUUUAGGGAAGGCCUUUUUUCUGCUCUUUAUACACAAAGCAACGUCCAUACUUUGAUUCAUUUGGUGACGAAGAACUAGAAUUCAAGCCGCAUCAAACAGUGACUCCCGACCUCACCAGCUCGCCUAAAUAUUGCAAAGAAGUUGUCUCGGAAGAGUUGUUGCUGCAAACAACGUCCUGUGCCAUUAUUUUAGGUGAGCUGACAUCUGAAAUUAGAGUAUAAGUGACGUGUGCUUGCGAGCAAUGACAUCCUGUGUGGUGUGGUGUUGGCUCCGUGGUGGCUGUCUCACUUCCUGAGUACAUAAACGCUUUCAUGCUUGCGACUGACUGAGAGGUGAGGCCGUGCGAGGACAAAGAGCAGGUGGACAGUCUGACUGAGGAAGACAGAAAAGGCGGGAAUUUAGCAGGCCAGGACCACUUCAGGGACAUCUUUGAUUAACUUACUGCAGUCACAAAGAUGAAGCGUCAACUCUUCUUGCUCGGUGAGUUCAGUCGCAAUUCUGACAUUUUUUAACAUGGCGUCCACCCAGCAUGCGCUUUGGUGUUCAUCCUGCAUGGGGAGGGGGUGGGGGAAGGACGAUGACAAGACAGCACAGGGUCUAUCUAAAGUCUGGACACGCAGGAAAUGCAUCUUUUAAACAAUUAUACAAAAUAUGUAGAGGUGCAUCUCAAUAUAUAUUAUGAAUAUCUUGGAUAUCUGUAAUUAAAAAACAUUUGAUUUUAUAUUAUUUAAAAAACUUUCUUCUUUCAAAAGUAUUUAUUAUCAUAAAUUCACUACAGAGUGAAAUAUUUCACAAAUGUAUUUCUUUAUUACUUAAUUUUGAUAAUUAUAGCUUGCAACUCAAAAUGAAAGUUAAAUAUUGUAAACUACUGGUUCAUGUGUUAAUCAUAAUUAACUGCAAAGAACUUCCUGAUCGUUAAAUUGGUCUUUUGGCCUGAAUUGAACUCAAAAUAUACAAAUAAGGGGACCUAUUAUGCAAUGUUUUUAGCCCUUUGUAUUGAGUUAUGGACUUCUAUAGCACAGAAAACAUUCAAGGGCUUUCAGAAUCUGCGCCUAUUCCAGCAAUGUUUCUUUGGGGUUUUAUGCUUCCUGCCAAAACGGUCUGUUUUAAUUUAUAUUCCACCCACAUUUUUACCCACACAGGGCCAUAUAGGUUUGGAUUUUUCUCCUUUAAUAAAAGAGUUUUUUUUUCAAGUUUCAUUUAAAAACUGCUUUUUGUUCAAUUGAGGGACACACUGGAGCUGUGACAAAGUAAUAGCACAUCACAUCACA